AUGUCACAGGAAUAUCCAGAACGUCCCUACGAGGAACAGGAACAAGACCAGGAAGAAUUCUUGGACGUCAAUGAGGUAGCAGAAGAGGUUGCUGACGAUGAAACCGCUCCAGCUCCCGAAGACGACGACGAGGACAUGGACGAGGACCAGGACGCCUUGGAAAUCGAUAUGUCCAACAACUCGUGGAGUUACUUCGACCAGCACAAGGACAGUAUCUUCACUAUUUUCAAGCAUCCAAAGCUCCCAUUAGUGGUGACUGGUGGUGCCGAUGACACUGCCUACAUGUGGACUACUCACUCGCAGCCUCCAAGAUUCGUGGGAGAGCUUGCUGGCCACAAGGAGUCGGUGAUUGCUGGUGCAUUCACCGCUGGAGGCGAUUUCGUCAUCACUGGUGACAUGGCUGGGUUCAUCCAGGUGCAUAAGGCCACCAAGGGAGGUGAAAAGUGGGUCAAAUUUGGUGAGUUGGAAGAGGUCGAAGAGGUGUUGUGGAUCACCGCACACCCAACCUUGCCAUACUUUGCAUUUGGUGCCAAUGACGGUUCCGUAUGGGUGUACCAAAUCGACAAAUCGUCAGGAUUGGUCCAGAUUAUGUCAGGAUUCUCCCACUCUCUUGAGUGUAACGGAGGUGUUUUCUUCGAGGGCAAGGAUGAGAAUGACUUGACCUUGAUCACCAUUUCCGAGGACGGUACCAUUGUCAACUGGAACUGUUUCACUGGUGCAGUCAACUUCAAAUUGCUGCCCCACACCGACUUCAGAAGUGUGGAAAGUCCUUGGGUGACGAUCAAGAUCUACAAGAACGUUUUCGCUGUUGGUGGCCGUGACGGACAGUUGGUCAUUGUCAACAACGAUACUGGUAAACCAGUGCACUCGUUGAAGACAUUGGACAACGUCGACGACAUCGCUGAGCUCUCCAUCGAAGCCAUUGCUUGGUGCACAUCUCCAGAAAUCAACUUGCUUGCUGUGGGUUUGGUUUCUGGUGACCUUUUACUUUUCGAGACCCAACAAUGGAGAUUGCGUAAGAGCAUCAAGAUCGACGAUGCCAUCACCAAGUUGGAAUUCAUUAACAAUACUCCAACUUUGGUUGGUUCCUCCAUGAACGGUAAGAUUUACAAAUGGGACGCCAGAACUGGAGGUGAACUUUUUGCAGGAGUUGGUCACAACAUGGGAGUUUUGGACUUUGCUAUUGUUGAUAAUGGCAAGAAGUUGGUGACUGCAGGUGAUGAGGGUGUCUCGCUUAUUUUCCACCACGAAUAG